AUGGCUCCAUCUGGCUUGGCAAUUCUCUUAGGUGCAGGUCCUGCUACCGGCGCUGGCAUUGCACGUGUGCUGGCUGAUCCAGCUCGUGGUAAUAUGGCCGUCGCGUUGCUUGCUCGACGAUCUGAAGUGCUGAACGACUUGGUGACUGGGCUGAAAUCGUCUCUCGACAACCCGGUCGUCGAGGCCUUUCCCUCAGACACCUCACCUGACUCUUUAAAGAAGGCUUUCUCAGACAUCCGUCAGCAUCAGUCUUUCAACGGCCUCAAGUUGCGUGUAGCCAUUUACAACAUCAAGCACUCUUCUAAAAAGCCUUUCCUAGACGAAACAUAUGAUCAAUUUACCGACUCGUUGGAGACCUAUGUGGGUGGAGCCUUCACGUUCGCACAGGAAUCUCUCAAGCGUUUUUUCGCGGACCAUGGAGAAUCGACUCUGGCAGAAGGCUCCUCCAAGAAAGGUACGCUGAUCUUCACUGGCACGCUUGGUGCUCUGAGAUGCAAUGCCGAAUUCGCAGCAUAUGGAGCUGGUAGAUCAAGCGUAAGGCAGCUGGCACAGACACUUGCUCGCGAAUUCAGUGCAAAAGGUGUCCAUGUGGCACAUUGCAUUGGCAAUGGGUCUAUCGAAGACAAGAAUGGCGAGGAUCAGAAGAGCGGCAAGAAGAUCUCAGCUGAAGCUGUUGGAAAGACAUACUUGUGGCUUUCGGAGCAAGAGCCAUGCUUAUGGACUCACGAACUCGAUAUGAGACCCGCACAGGAGAAGUUCUAA